AUGAGACCAGGUGUUCAAUUCCCAUCCGCUCCAGCAGCCUCAGAUGCUACCACUGCUGGCACUGCCACUCAUUCCUGCCCCCAGGACAACUUGAUUGAUAGUGCACCAACUCCAGGUGCUGAUCCUCUAGAUCUUGCUCUGCGCCCUUCUCAAAGUCCAGGCCCCAACCCUCACCUGGGAAUUCUUCCGACACCCGCUCCAGGGGAUGAGGUUCAACAACCACCAUCGCUUGCGGUCAACACUCCUGCUUUCAGCCAUCCCGAUCCACAUGACUCAAGUGCAACUCCGUCCAACUCUGCCAACACAAGUAAUGCCCCUUACACUUCAAAUGCUCAUCUCCCAACUGCUCAAGAAAACCCACCCCCUGCCACCUCGAACACCAACAACCCACCAAACGGUUAA